UCAUUCAUUUUCUCAACUCUUCUAUAUAGCUAGCUCCACCAAAAACCAAUAACAUUUCAAAGUCCAAGUUUCUGCUUCUUCAACUAACCAAACCAACCAUAAACAAUGGAUGAAGAAAUCGAAGUUUCACCAUUUUUCCUCUGCCCAAUUUCAUUACAACUCAUGAAAGAUCCAGUUACUGUUUCAACAGGAAUAACCUACGAUAGAGAAACCAUUGAAAAAUGGUUAUUUUCAUCUCAAAACAAAACAUGUCCUGUCACUAAACAACAACUCUCACAUGAUGAUAAUGAUCUCAUUAUUCUCACACCAAAUCACACUCUUCGUAGACUCAUUCAAGCAUGGUGCACCAUUAACACUUGUUAUGGAAUCCAAAGAAUUCCAACUCCAAAACCACCAACAACAAAAACCCUUAUAGAAAAACAUCUUAAAGAAGCUUCUGAUUUUUCAGAUUCACCUCAUUUGCUUAUCCAAUCCCUCAAAAACCUUAAAACUAUCGCGUCCGAGAGUGAAACCAAUCGAAGGUGUAUCGAAUCGGCUGGCGCUGUAGAGUUCUUAGCAUCAAUAGCAACAAAAAACAAUACAAAUUCUUCAGCAGAAUUUGAAAUUGAAGCUACCAUUCUUGAUGAUGAUGAUGUUGAAGGUUUUUCUUUUGACUUCAGAGUAGAUGCAGAAGAUGAAGCUAUAAACAUUCUUUACAAUCUUCACUUAACAGAACAAGGUUUGAUAACUCUCUUAAACUUCAAAAAUGGAGAAUUUUUAGACUCUUUAUUGAGAUUAAUGCAAAAGGGUAACUAUGAUUCAAGAACAUAUUCAGUUUUUCUGUUGAAAUCUAUGUCAAAAGUUGCUGAUCCAUCAAAACUAGCGAAUCUAAAGACCGAGUUUUUCUUCGAAUUAGUCCAGCUUCUCAAAGAUCAGAUAUCAAAAAAGGCAUCAAAAGCAACACUACAAACACUAAUUCAACUCGUUGAAUUCGGAAGAAACCGAAUAAAAGCAGUGGAAUCAGGUUGUGCUACUGUUUUAAUAGAACUUCUUCUUGAUUGCAAAGAAAAAAAGCCAUGUGAGAUGAUUUUGGUGCUUUUAGAGAUGUUAUGUCAAUGUGCUGAUGGAAGAUUAGAACUAUUAAGCCAUGGUUGUGGUUUAGCUAUUGUUUCAAAGAAGAUUCUAAGGGUUUCAACUUUGGCUAAUGAUAGAGCAGUGAGGAUUCUUCUAUCUGUUUCAAGAUUUUCUGCAACACAUUUUGUUGUUCAAGAAAUGUUGCAAAUAGGUGUUGUUGCUAAGCUUUGUUUGGUUCUUCAAGUUGAUAGUGGCAAUAAGGCUAAGGAGAAAGCAAGAGAGAUACUUAAAUUGCAUGCAAACUCUUGGAGUAAUUCUCAUUGUAUACCUUUUAAUUUACUUGCUUCAUAUCCAACAAGUGGGUGAAAAAUUAGAGGAUUUUUUAUUUUUAUUUUUUUGUAAUUUUUCUUUUACAUAUUUGGGAUUUUUUUUGUAUAGAAAAUUGUUUAUAGAACAUUAACUGGAAUGGGAUAGGUGUGAAUAGAAUAUUGUACAUUGAAGAAUGGGGUUAAUUGUUUAUUGUGAAUCGGUGACAAUAUACAUCAACAUAUAUUGAUGCAACAAACUUGUUUAUCAUGCCUAUUUUGUUGCUUG